GGUUUUUGGACAUUUUGUCAUAAUAUAUGCUCUCUCUAUACUCUUUAGUACUACUCCUCCUAUCAAUUACGUUAACAAUUACUCCCCACUACUAGACAGUCCACAAGAGUUGAUUUAGCCGUGUUGAAUGAAUACUGUCAUAUUUUAGUAGUCACAAACUCUUAUUAGCUCUGUUUGUUCUUUUCUUUUUCUUUAUAUAUAUGGUAUUUAUUUAGGUUUUUUCUUUCCUUCAUAGUACUAAAUAUUUUCAUCCCAACAACAUACGAUUUUUAUAUUCCCAACACAGAUUGUUACAGAAGCGCACACACACACCAAAAAAAAAAAAAAGAAAAACCCAACCUGAGACAGGCAAUAGUAAAGACACGAGCGCUUUUAUAGACUUUUUACCUCUUACUAGCUCUCUCUUUUCUUUUCUAGUUGUACUAGCGGCACCACUGAUAAAAUAAAUUAUUUCCCUUCUCAUCCAUCCCUCCCUCCCCUUCCCCCUUUGUUUCAUAUUUUGAUUUCUUCCAAUUUUCUUUUCUUUUUUUUUGUGGGGGUCCGGUCAGGUCAGGUCCAAUCGCAACCAAAUUAAAGCUGUGUGGCAUUCCCAGAGCAGAGGGUCUAAUAAGGGAGGAAGAAAAGAGUAAAAAGUAGAGAAAUCCCCUCCACUCCCACCUUUUUAUCUCUCUCUCACUUCUAUCUCUCUCUCUCUCUCUCUCUCUCUCUCUACCCUUUCGGAAAUGGUAGUGUGGUAAUGGUGCGCAGGUUAAGCAGAGUUCACCUCACCCUGGCGUAGGAUAGCAUCCACAACAGCCCAUCCUUCCAUUUUCCCCCCAAAUCCCACCUGCAUUUCUAGUUCCAUUCUUGCGUUAAAGUUUGGAUUUUGAUUUUUCCCUUUUCUUUUUGGGUGGUCCAUUGUGUUAAUUGCCAUCGGUUGAGGAGGAGCAUGGUGGCGUUGAGGGUGACUGUGGUGUUGUUCUUGGUUUGCUUAUGUUUGGGUGGGCUUGGCCUUCUUGUGUCUGCUGGCAGAUUAUCUGGUGUGGAAAGGCAGAAGCUUGAAGUUCACAAGCACUUGAAUAGGCUCAACAAGCCUCCUAUUAAAACCAUUCAGAGCCCAGAUGGAGACAUCAUUGACUGCAUACACAUUUCUCACCAGCCAGCCUUUGAUCAUCCAUUUCUCAAAGAUCACAAAAUCCAGAUGAGGCCAUCUUACCACCCAGAAGGGCUUUUUGAUGAGAACAAAGUAUCGUCGUCGUCAUCAGGUUCAAAAAAGGAAAGAACAAACCCAAUUACUCAGCUUUGGCACAUGAAUGGGAGGUGUCCUGAAGAUACUAUACCUGUGAGAAGAACAAAGGAAGAGGAUAUUUUGAGAGCCAGCUCUGUUAAACGAUAUGGAAAGAAGAAGCACAGAAGCAUCCCUAAGCCUCGGUCACCAGAUCCAGACUUCAUCAAUCAAAGUGGCCAUCAGCAUGCCAUAGCUUAUGUCGAAGGGGACAAAUAUUAUGGAGCUAAAGCCACCAUAAAUGUGUGGGAACCAAAAAUACAGCAGCCUAAUGAGUUCAGUUUGUCUCAGCUGUGGAUAUUGGGUGGCUCCUUUGGGGAGGAUCUUAACAGCAUUGAAGCUGGUUGGCAGGUGAGCCCGGACCUUUAUGGAGACAACAAUACAAGGCUAUUCACUUACUGGACUAGCGAUGCAUAUCAGGCUACCGGUUGCUAUAAUCUGCUGUGCUCGGGAUUCAUUCAAAUUAAUAGUGAAAUAGCAAUGGGUGCAAGCAUCUCUCCUGUUUCUGCAUAUAGGAAUUCCCAAUAUGAUAUCAGCAUUCUUGUCUGGAAGGAUCCAAAAGAAGGAAAUUGGUGGAUGCAAUUUGGGAGUGACUAUGUGUUAGGGUAUUGGCCAUCCUUCUUGUUCUCCUACUUAGCAGACAGUGCGAGCAUGAUUGAAUGGGGUGGGGAAGUUGUGAAUUCAGAGCCGGAUGGGCAGCACACCACAACACAAAUGGGAAGUGGCCAUUUCCCUGAGGAAGGUUUUGGUAAAUCAAGCUAUUUCCGGAACAUUCAAGUGGUGGACAGCUCCAACAAUCUUAAGUCACCAAAAGGGCUCGGCACUUUCACAGAGCAGUCCAAUUGCUAUGAUGUUCAGACUGGAAGCAACGGGGAUUGGGGUCAUUACUUUUACUUUGGAGGCCCUGGUAGAAAUCCCAAUUGCCAAUAAAACACAGUAAACCCGUAGGGAAAAAAAAAGAAAAAAAAAGAAGAGGGAAAUAAUCUACUCUCUUGUGUAUGUAUGAUCCAAUGUAGUGUAAUGUGAUCUCCUCCUAGCGCGACUGCUCCUUUCCUUGUAUACCUAUCCACCAUGCUUGCUUUUUUUUUUUAGGUGUAGUUUAGAAGUAAAAAUCCCAUCUUUUUUGGUUGCAGCAGGAGUGUCUUGUGUGAAGUUUUGAUCUUUUUCGUCUUGUUCCACUUUCUUUUUAUGGGUAGAAUAGAGAGAUUCUCCAAUGCAAAGUAGGCACGGGGAAAGUUGAGAUGAUGUAGUAGUGGCCUUGGUUUCUCAAAACCUCAAAAGAAACAGGGCUUUUAUGAAAUUAAAAUUUCUUUUCAUGAUUUUGUACUUGUUUUGUUCCCAUUGUCUCUCUUUACUGGUGGGAUGCCCAAUUUUCCUGGGUAUAUUUUUAAAAAAGGAAAAGCUGGAUGGAAUAACGAAGGAGAAUUUGAGAUUAAAAAGUUGAGGCAAAGGGAUUGAAAGUAGGGUAGAGGUGGUGAUGGAAACUGGAAAGAGGGGAAAAAAAGAUAAAUCACAUGAAUGGAUAUUGAAGAAAAGAAAGAAGUGGGGAUAUAUGUGAUUGAAUGAAUGACACACAAUCAUUUGUCUCAUUGUGUGGAAGGGUGGAAUUGGAUUGAUUGAAGAAGGUUGGCUGGCCUCCAUCUUCUGUUUUCAACAAGUGACUUGGGAUCGCCAUUCUUGCUAAUGUAACAUCUUUAUGGUUAUUUUAUGUGUAGUACUCCGUAUGUAUGUAAUUGGUUCCAUGUUUUUUUUUUUUUUUUUU